CGCAUAGACCACGCCCCACGCCUGCUAAAAAGCAGCCAUCCGCCAGCGCCGCAAAGGCUGCCCGUCCGUCCCUGCCGCCUCUCACCUUCAGCUGGACCUUACCCUCGGAGUACUUCGACAUUAAAAAAAAACAAAUUAUUUAAGAAAUAUAUAUAUAUUUCAGCUGCCUGGAACGCUAAGCUAAUUAAAUAUAUAUACACAGUAGUCCAGAGGAGUAUCAAAGGAAAAUAGGAUAUUAUUAACGCUAAUUUCUAUUGGUUGAUUCUGAAGAGGAAAAAAACACAAUGGCCGAUGCUACCGCAGAAUGCAACAUCAAAGUGCUGUGUCGCUUUCGUCCUCUAAAUCAAUCCGAAAUUAUCCGUGGGGACAAGUUCAUCCCUAAAUUUCAGGGAGAUGACACCGUAAUCGUUGGGGGCAAGCCCUACGUGUUUGACCGGGUGUUUCCAUGCAACACCACACAGGAACAGGUGUACAACACCUGCGCCAAGCAGAUUGUCAAAGAUGUCCUGGGAGGAUAUAAUGGCACAAUCUUUGCUUAUGGACAGACUUCUUCAGGAAAGACUCACACUAUGGAGGGAAAACUGCAUGACCAACAAGAAAUGGGAAUCAUUCCUCGGAUCGCUGAGGACAUUUUCAAUCAUAUCUUUACCAUGGAUGAAAACCUGGAAUUCCACAUCAAGGUCUCUUAUUUUGAAAUCUACAUGGACAAAAUCCGUGACCUUCUGGAUGUAACCAAGACCAACCUGGCUGUUCAUGAGGAUAAGAACAGGGUUCCUUUUGUUAAGGGCUGUACUGAGCGGUUUGUGUCCAGCCCAGAGGAGGUAAUGGAUGUGAUCGAUGAGGGGAAGGCCAAUCGGCAUGUGGCUGUCACCAACAUGAAUGAGCACAGCUCUCGCAGUCACAGCAUCUUCCUGAUCAAUAUCAAGCAGGAGCACAUCGAGACGGAGCAGAAGCUCAGCGGCAAGCUCUACCUGGUGGACCUGGCUGGCAGUGAGAAGGUCAGUAAGACGGGUGCUGAGGGGGCUGUCCUGGAUGAAGCCAAAAACAUCAACAAAUCCCUGUCUUCUUUGGGUAACGUCAUCUCUGCCCUGGCUGAGGGGACGAAAACCCACGUGCCGUACCGCGACAGCAAGAUGACACGGAUCCUGCAGGAUUCGCUGGGCGGUAACUGCCGUACCACCAUGUUCAUCUGCUGCUCGCCGUCCAGCUUCAACGACGCCGAGACCAAGUCCACCCUCAUGUUUGGCCAGCGUGCCAAGACCAUCAGGAACACGGCGUCUGUGAACCUGGAGCUGACGGCUGAGCAGUGGAAGAGGAAGUACGAGAAGGAGAAGGAGAAGAACAAGACUCUGAAGGAGACCAUCCAGAAGCUGGAGGCCGAGCUGAACCGCUGGCGCAAUGGCGAGAAUGUUCCGGAAACGGAGCAGCUGAGCCCAGGGACGGUGAGGCCGGAACCCGCUGAGGAGCCCCCCCUGGACAAUGGCACCUCCUCCAUCGUGGUCCGCAUCUCUGCCGAGGAGCGCCAGAAGUAUGAAGAGGAGAUACGGAAGCUCUACAAGCAGCUUGAUGACAAAGAUGAUGAGAUCAACCAGCAGAGUCAGCUCAUCGAGAAGCUGAAGGAGCAGAUGCUGGACCAAGAAGAGCUCCUGGCCUCCACGCGCGGCGAUAGCGAGAAGGUCCAGACGGAGCUGGGCCGCCUGCAGAUGGAGAGCGACUGCGCCAAGGCGGAGGUGAAGGAGGUGCUGCAGGCCCUGGAGGAGCUGGCCGUCAACUAUGACCAAAAGAGCCAGGAGGUGGAAGACAAGAGCCUGCAGAACAAGCUACUGGCUGAAGAGCUGGCCCAGAAAAUGUCCCACCUGAUGACGAUCGAGUCGGAGCUGGCACGCAUGCAGGAGGUGAGCGGGCAGCAGCGCAAGCGCAUCGCCGAGGUGCUCAACGGCCUCAUGCGUGACCUCAGCGAGUUCAGCACCAUUGUGGGCAACGGCGAGAUCAAGCUGCCUGUGGAGAUCAGUGGUGCCAUCGAGGAGGAGUUCACGGUGGCCCGGCUGUACAUCAGCAAGAUCAAGUCGGAGGUGAAGUCCAUGGUGAAGCGCUGCCGGCAGCUGGAGAGCUUACAGCUGGAGUGCCACCGCAAGAUGGAGGAGACUGGCCGGGAGCUCUCCUCCUGUCAGCUGCUCAUCUCGCAGCAUGAGGCGAAGAUCCGCUCAUUGACGGAGUACAUGCAGAACGUGGAGCUGAAGAAGAGGCAGUUGGAGGACAACUACGACAGCCUGAGCGAAGAGCUGGCCAAGCUGCAGGCCCAGGGUAAAGCCCAGACAAGGCCGAACCACACAGCACCACACUCCCUCAAUGAAGAGUCUGUGCAGGAGGUGAUGCUGAAGGAGAACGACAGAUCUGUGGAGGAGCCUGCCGAUGUCAAGAUGGAGUCACACCGCGAAUCGCACCACAAGCAGCUGGGCCGCCUGCGUGACGAGAUCAACGAAAAGCAGAAGAUCAUAGACGACCUCACCGACCGCAACCAGAAGCUGCAGCUGGAGCUUGAACAGCUGCGUGCCGAAUUUGACCGGCUGAAGAGCCGGGAACAGCACAAGAGUGUGCAGCUGGAGGAGCUGACAUUUCUUCACGAGCGCCACGAACAAUCCAGGCAGGAUCUUAAAGGGCUCGAGGAGACAGUGGCCCGUGAACUCCAGACCCUCCACAAUCUGCGCAAGCUUUUUGUUCAAGACCUUACGACUCGAGUCAAAAGAAGUUCAGAGAUGGAACCUGAUGAUAGUGGGGGGUCUACCACCCAGAAGCAGAAGAUUUCCUUUCUUGAGAACAACCUGGACCAGCUUACAAAGGUUCACAAACAGCUGGUACGUGACAAUGCAGAUCUGCGUUGUGAGCUUCCUAAACUGGAAAAACGUCUUCGGUCUACGGCUGAGAGGGUUAAGGCCCUGGAGGGUGCACUGAAAGAGGCCAAGGAGGGCGCCAUGAAGGACCGGCGCCGCUACCAGCAGGAGGUGGAACGCAUCAAGGACGUCAUGCGGGCCAAGCACCCGCUGCGGCGGCCCAACGUGCAGAUCGCCAAACCCAUCCGACCUGGGCAUUAUCCGGCCUGCUCCCCAACCAACCCGGUGUUAAUGCGCAGCAGUGACCAUCCCAUCACCUUCAGCAACGUGCUCUUCCAGAGCCAAACCCAGUCCGCGGCCCCCCACUGCAGCCCCGCCCCGGCCCAGAACGCCAUGGACAGUGUCUCUGCUCCGCGUUUGCCCACACUGCCGGCAGAGGUCAGCCGCCCCGUGCUGAAUACCACAGAGGCUAUGAACUCCUACCAGCUCAAUGUGGACAACGGAAAUACGACAGAUAUCAAUGAUAACAGAAGUGAGGUACCCUGCGGGAUUGAAGCUGAGGACCCGGCCAAGCUGUACGUCGUCCAGCAGGAGACCGCCGCCAGCUAAUGGCACGGAGCAGGCACCCAUUCGUUCCAGAAUUUUCCCAUAAUUCCGCAUGCUGCUUAUUUGCUUCCCCCUGACCUUGACAUUGGCAGACCCCCAUCCCCCACCCCCCACCCUCAGACUCAUUUUCUCUAGUCUCUGUCCUCGGUAAACCUGUUCUUAGUAACUCCUCUUCCCUUCACACUUAAUAUUUAGUAGGACACUUAAUGUAUGCUUAGGUGCUGUGGUGAAGGCUGUAGGUUAGCGCAGGUUGCUAACCCGUGCUCCCGUCCUCCCCCCCCCCGGCAGGGUGGGGGGGGUUGUAAGUGUGUGGUUGUAUUGAGUGCUGUGCGCCGAGGGAGAUGCCCUGGCGUGGAUCUGUGUGAUAUCUCAUGACCCCACCCUGUGUGAGGUUCCCUUUCUGUUAAGCUUCGUAGAACCGUAGCGUAGACGCCAAGAACUCGAGGAACACGGCGACCGGGCCCAAAACGACAAACACAAAAGGAACAUUAUUCAUCAUUAAAGAGGAGAUGGGCUUUUCUAUUUCUUGGAUGUGGCUCUUUUUCUAUCCGGAUAGACGUCAUUGAGAGCAGGAUGUAGCCCCGGUACUGGUACUGCUACGCCGUCCUAAUCGCUGUGCCCCAGGUCUCGGAGCGCACCUGAGGGCAGCCAUUGGCCACGUCCCGCCCCCCCACCCCUGGGCCACUCACAUACACACGUCCGGGGCUCCAUUACGCCUUAAUGUACGACAGCUAUUAACAUCCUCUCAGUUACACGACGAUGAACCUUACGUAUACAUAUAUAUGUACAUAUGUGUAUAUACAUACUCAUUUAAGGCUGUUAGCAUCAUUGCCUGACGCUUAAAACAAUGACCUGAUAGGUUCACUGCUGUCCUACUGCAGAACAUGCGUACUGGGCAUCGAGAGGCUACUUCUGCUUUUUUGUGAUGGGUCUGACUUCAGCAGCAGUGAGGGACCCAUCAGUGUCGGCAGCCCCCUUGUGGAGCGGGUUAUCCCACCCUUGGAUGGCAUACUCCUCCUCUGGGUGCAGUUCGCCCUCCUACCUCCAGGGGGAGCAGUGUACCACAGGCUUGACUAUUUAUGCACACAUGCUUCCAACAGAUACUGCUUUGGUUCCCGGGCUGAUUUACAGUGACCGGCUGAAGCAGGGCUUGGCUGUAGGUGUUGCACUUAAAUGAACACCCACGCCCACUCAAUGCCUCUGCGUACUACUAUGAAUAUAUAUCAUCAGCCAUGAAUUGAAAGUACCACCAUAGAAAGAAUCGGCUCUGCUUUUUUUUGGUUUGUGUAUUUUAAUACAUAUAUACAUAUAUAAAUAUUUCUGAAUUGUAAUAUAUAUAUAUCUGAUUUGGGUUGGAUGGUUCUGUGUUGGUGUCUUACUGCCCCCAGCUAGUAUGUUGUAUGUCAAGCUGUUACUUUACUGAUGUACACAGGAAAGACAAAAAUUACAGUAAUUAUGUAGCAACUAUUUUUAUACACUUCACUGUAUUUAAAUAUUGAUUUAUGUUUACAUAUAUUAUGGUUUGCUGUAUUUAUUAUAUUGUAUUGCAUCUGUUGCUUUUAGUCUGACAGAAUUGUAUAUGUUUUAUUUUAUUUAACAAAAUGGGAUAUUUAUUUAUAAUAUUAUAAAUGUUAAAUUAAAUAAAUAGAAUAUUGCACUGCUAGAUGGCAACAAAGACAGCAGUGGAGAGUAGCCCCGAAAGAGACAGGGAGAACCCUAAAUACUUUAAAGAUUGUGUGUGUGUGUGUGUGCGCAUACAGUACAGAGACUUGCAAGAACUUAUCGAACCCUUGUCCGAAAGGGCGGGAAUUGGAUCUGGAAUGUCACUAUGGCCUGGACCAGCUGGUGCCUGGAUCCAGUUGCUCUUCCUAGCCAACCUUAUCAGUUCCAGCUCCACCCUAUCCACCCACAAAGCUCCACCCCCAUGCAGACUCCACCGGCCUCCUGAUCAGCCAAUCAGGAAGAGAGUGUGCCAGGGGACGGCUGAGGGUGGGGAGGAUGGAGCACAAAGGUUAGUCUGGAAGGCUUGGAGAUCCUGCCCUGACCAAGGCAUCCACCUCUGGUACUCCAGCGCCACCAAGGUCAGCUACCCAGUCUACCUGAGAACCGUCACAUGGAGACAAGGUCACCGCCUUCUGAAAGCCGCGGUUAUGUUGGUGACGGUUGACUGCCGUUCACGUGUGUGUGUGUGUGUGUGUGUGCAUGCGUGUGUGUGUGCGUGCACACACACCUGGUCCUUUUACAGCCGUUUGCCAUCUAGCAUAGGACCACGACUGGAAAACGAAAAACAAAAGCGGGCUCAUCACGAAGACUUCACCCUCCCCCAAUACUUGCAGCUCACUCGCCCUUUUGUCAGUCCAAUCACCAUAGGGACUGUUAGGGGGCAGCAAAUAUGGUUCACGCAGAUGUCAUUGGUAUGUUUUUAUGGGACAAAUCAUGCCCACCUGUGUAUCAGUCCGCGUAUGCCGUCUGCCCUCUUCGAAUAUAUUCCUGCCAUGUUUUCGGCACAAUAUAGUAGUCCUUUAAAAAAAAAAAAAAAAACAUGAAGCAUAGGCUUAAACAGUGCCGAUGAAGCAGUGAGGAAUAUAAUUUUGCGUCUGUUUAUUUGUGUAUUUAUUUAUGGAUUCUUUUUUUUCAAGUGUGUAAAAUAGUGCAUGCAGUGCGACAGAACUCUGUAGCUGCUGAGAAUAAAAAUUGAAACGAUUACUGGAGAAACACUUUCAUUAAAAUGAUCCUGUCUGCAUAAAA